CGACAGCACGAGCAUUAAGAGGCAGCUCCAAGUAGUUAUUAUUAUGUCGAAACGUAAGUGUGACGAGUCUAAAGAAGAACGGUGGUCAAGGAAAUUAAGAAAAAAUGAAAUAAAGUUACAAGAAACCCGGAAACGCAAUAGUCAGCGAAUUAUUUAUUUAAGUGACGACGAUGAUGUACAACCUGAAGAACAUCAAGAUCUCGCUGAUAUUACAAUGACUAGUGGUGACGUUUGUAUUAACGAAUCUGAAUUAUCUAAAGACGCGAAUGCGGUUUUUACUGAUAAGGACGAGAUUAGUAUCGAUGAUUUUGACCCUGAUCUAUUGCAAGCUCUCGGUGGCGUUGAACCCGAAUCUGCGAAUUUUGGUGAUAGUUUACAUAUUGAUAUAGCCACACCCACUCUUAAUCCAGAAAUUCAAGCCAUGCUCGCCGAAACCUACCGUUUGCGUGAUAAGCGUUUACUUGGCAAACAGGACCAGUUAGGCAGAGCAUUGUCUGCACUAGGAAAGCUUAUCGCAGAUUCCCAUUAUGCCGAAACUGAAACGCGCCGUUCCGUAAUUAUUCCACUAGUGGAAAAGUCAUUCCUCCUCAAAACCCGAAAUAGAGACAGUUUCCUAUUUGGAGAAGGCCUGGAUGAGCUCGUCUUUAAACUACAACGGCCCACCGACUCGACCACGACAGCAUUGGAGCAACCAAGUGUACCAACAGCGAGUGGGUGGGCAGCGAGCAACGUAUCCGAGUCGCCGGCGCGGUUUGCCCUCGCCGCCUCCAGUACAAACUCCCCUUCGCUGCCAGCCACCGGCGCCCCUACCCCUACAGCGGCGCCAGCCAGCACAACGGACACGUGCAGUGAUCGACCGCCAACAGAAGUAAUUAUACGAAAUCAGGUACAUGUACGAUAUCAUAUUCCUUUUGCUACUUUACCGCAACAAAAAGAGAAUGAGAUUUCGAUACGAUCUUUUUCUACUGGUGAAUCACUAGCUAUAAAAAGAGAGGUACAACAUUUAUUAAGUAUAAAAGCUAUAAAAAAAUGUAAACCCGUAAGCGGUCAAUUUAUUUCUGGUUCCCAAGAGUGA